AUACAUUUUGGAUUUCACUCAAGUGUCAGGUGCUGCGCUGAGGAAGAAAAAAAAAAAAAGCAGGGGCGUGACCUUCAAUAAAACAUCCCAGCUUGAUAAGGCCGCACGGACGUCUCCCGCCCCCCUCAUCAGUUCCUCCUCAGCGCAACCUCACACGUGACAAGCUCCUUCUCAUCCCAGCCAUCCUCAUGGCGGUGACCAGCCAACCAGGCAGAUAUCCAGCCUCUGACUUCCAGACCGGCUUGUGCGACUUCUGCGACGAUUGUGGAACUUGCUGCUAUGGCCUGUGGUGCUUCCCGUGCUUGAGCUGCACCAUCGCCGGCGACAUGGACGAGUGCUGCCUGUGCGGCCUGAGCAUGGCCAUCCGCAGCGUCUACCGCACCCGCUACAACAUCAACGGUUCCCUGUGCAGUGACUUCAUGGCGAACUCGUGCUGCCUGGUGUGUGCCACCUGCCAACUGAAGCGAGACAUUGACCGGAGAAAGGAACAAGGCAUCUUCUGAAAAGGAGGGCUUCCAAGCAAACCUCCUGACCCGGUGCUAUCAUCUCUGCGAAGUGCAAAGCGUCUUUGUGUAUGAUCGCGCCGGUGGCGUUGUUUCAAUAAAACACCUUUUAAUUGGGA